AUGUCGGCCUAUGAGAGCUUGUGGCUUUGUUUUUGCAGACCAAAGAAGAAAGCUCGCAGUGCACCAGCACCAGGCUCGUUCCGGCACGCGCUGACGGUGUUCUCUUGCCCCAUGUUCUACCUGGUCGCCUACUCGUACAUCGCGUUCAUCUUCGCCUUCGAGUGUUACAUCUCGCUUCUGGUGGACUUCGCUACGGACAAGGGCAUCAGCUUUUCUCGAGCCAUCACCAUGCUCUCCAUAAGCUCGGUUGCAGACUUGGUGGGCCGUCUCACGCUGCCUCUGGCAGCAGAUAGGGGCUACAUCGGUCGCCAGACGCUACUGACUGUCUCGUUCCUGUGCCUCGGGUCGCUGUUCGUGCUGCUUCCCAUGGCCUCGAGCUACGUCACCGUGUUUGCCUUCGCCACGGCGAUCGCCUUCUGCAUCGGCGUUGCAAUUUGCUUGUUCUCGGUGCUACUGGCGGAAUACGUGGGCAUCGAACGUGUCUCCAUGGCCUACGGCAUGGUGUCCGGAUUCUCCGGUGUCACGUCACUGUUCAAGCCGUUGAUAAUCGGUUAUUUCAGGGACGUCGUCGGAGCCUAUGACAAGCUCUUCAUAAUCUGCGGAUCUGCAGUCAUCCUGGGGGGUUUGAUUUGGAUCGCAGUUCGCCUAGUAGAGACGACCAAGCGGUCCAGGCGAUGGAAUCUCGGCGAUUGCGAGAGGAAGAUCAGUGUACAAGCGCCAUCCGUUCUACCGAAGUAUAUCUGCAAUGCAACAGAACUCCCCGCUGCGUACUCUCUGUGACAAGCUUUACUUCCCCAGUGUAUGCAGUGCAGCAGUGUGACUUCACUCUGGCGUACACGGGACACAGUGUGCAUUUUGUGCCUCCCGAGGAGCUUCGUGUGACGGCUCUGUCCUCUUGAAAGCCGUCAGAACUCUGGAUUGAACACAAGUUCCAGCCACCAUGCUCAUUAUACGUCAUUUUUAAGAGAUAGCUCUCUGUGGUUCUUCCCGUAUUCUUGCGAUCUGUCAGUUUUUCAUUGCUUGCUGUCAGCUUCGUGAACACUGGAUUUCACUAGGUGUUACUAGGCGCCGAAUGAAAGUAGCACCGGACGGCACCAUAUAACUAUCUUAUGAUGACCAAGUAUGGUGCACCUUUGUUAUACGCUAGGAAAAAUUAUUUCCUGCAUAAAACCAGAACAUAUAAGGUCAGCUCACAGGCAUUUCCAAAGCAUAGCCAUUGGUUAAUAGCGUGGUGAAUUAUAUUUAAGAGACUCUUCGCGUUACUCGUUUUUUUAUUUAGCCAUUCAGUAACUGCUUUUUGCGUGUUAGCGUGUUCUUUGCCAAUUUUCGUGACUGAGCAAGUCCCACUACUAUUCCGACAUAAAACUCAUCAAAAUUAACCAAACCAAACCACUCUUAGUGUUUCAUUACAUAUGCACCACACAUUGUCAGAAUAAAUCAUAGGCAGUUACCAUAAGAAAUACCACGCAACAAAAAAGAAGAAAGAAGGCGUGGCUAUUUAUUUCUGACUAUUGUAAAAAGGAGAAACCAUGUAACUAUUUAAAUAUGUUAUACUUACUUGUAUGUUAUAUGUUUGCAUGUCUCCGUUACUGAUGCAAUGUGCUGAGGGAUGUUUAAAUUGCUAUAGCUUACAAAGAUAUCAAUGCAACGUUGGUUCUACCAGAAUGUUUUACUUACGAUUUCUGUGUAUAGAGUGAACAUGUAAUCACGAAACGAAUUUUGGAAUAUAUGCAGACGCAGACGAACAAAGUAUGUGUGGGAGAGGUGCGUGUGCUCUGGUGGUAGAGCUGUACUUGCCCAAGUUCUCAGGAUAUUACAAAUUUUUUUGUAGAAAAUGUGAUGUGGUCCAUGUUGUAGGAAACCAAGAAUUCUCCGUUUUAGUGUUAGUUCACGCUUACUGCUGUUUGCUUUGGUUGUCACCAUCGAGAAAUAUAAAGCAGCAGUAUGCUAUCAG